AUGCCUCGGGGUCAGAAGAGUAAGCUUCGUGCCCGUGAAAAACGCCGCCAGGCUCGAGAACAGCCCAGUGGUCUGGUGGAAGCUCAGGCCACUGUACCAGAGGAAGAAGAGUCCCCUUCUUCCCCAUCUCCUCAUUUCAAAGAUGUUACCCAGAGCUCACCUGCCACUGGAGCACCCAGCAGUCUUCAAGUGUCUGGGAGAGUCCGUUCCGCCACCACUGCUGCUGCAGCUGUUUCAAGCAUAAGAUUUAACGAAGGUGCCGACAAUCAAGGGGAGGAAAGGCCAAAAGCCUCCCAGGCCCAGGAUACCACUCAGCACUGGCCCAGAGGCCCUAUUGACAAGAAGGUUGUUAUGUUGGUGCAUUACCUUCUGUACAAGUAUCAAAUGAAAGAGCCCAUUACCAAGGCGGAUAUGCUGAGAAAUGUAAUACAGAUGUACACAAAUCACUUCUAUGAGAUCCUCAGGAAAGGCUCUGAGCAUUUGGAGCUGGUCUUUGGCCUUGAUGUGAAGGAAAUGGAUCCCAACAGGAAUACUUACGUCCUUGUCAAUAAACUGGAACUAAGCUAUGAUGCAAAGCCGAGUGAUGACAGAGAGGUUCCCAAGACUGGUGUGCUGAUGACUCUUCUGGGCGUGACCUUCACGAAGGGCAACUGCGCCACCGAGGAGCAAGUCUGGGAAGUGCUGAAUAUAAUGGGGUUAUAUGCUGGGAGGAAUAACUUCAUCCAUGGGGAGCCCAAGAAGCUCAUCGCCAAAGAUUUAGUGCAGGAAAGGUACCUGGAGUACUGCCACGUGGCCAACAGUGAUCCUCCAUGCUAUGAGUUUCCGUGGGGCCCGAAAAAAAUCUAG